CUACUCUCUCUCACACACACACAUACACACACACACACACAUACACACAAAUACCAUAAUCACAACCCUGUGGCUUCAAGAGACAGAGUUUGCAAGAGGAAGCGAGUGAAUGUAUAAGAGCAACAAAGAAGGCGAAAUCCGAGGCAAAGUGAAUGAAAAGAAAGGAGAUAAACUGCUUCGUUUGAGGAACUCGUGCCUUCAUUUGAAAGGUUGCAGUAAUGCCUGUGCUCUGUCCCAGCAUGCAGCAGAAGCAGUGGGUGUGUGUCGCUGUCUUGGCACUCUUACUUGUUACAGAUGUGCUGUCAGAAGUUGGAAAGGAAGCGAAACAAGGCAAGAAAGAACGUAAGUCAGGAUGUGGAGACUGGCAGUGGAGUGUGUGUGUGGCAAAUGAGGGCGACUGCGGCUUGGGCACUAGAGAAGGAACCCGCACAGGCGCUGACUGCAAGCAGAAAAUCAAAACUCAACGCUGCAAGAUUCCCUGCAACUGGAAGAAGCAGUUUGGAGGUGAAUGCAAGUAUGAUUUCCAGUUAUGGGGUGAGUGUGAUGCGAACACAGGGCUGAAAACCCGGACUGGUUUGCUGAAACGCGCUCUCCCGGAUGCUGACUGCCUCACCACUGUCUCCGCCACCAAACCCUGUGGCAAGACCAAGACCAAGAUACAGGGCUCACUGAAGCCGAAGCGUGGCGAGAAGAAGAAAGAGCAAGCCCCCUUGGACUAGAGGUGAAAAAGAAAGUCACUCUUCCCCUGUAUUUUUGAGCUCUGAGACAGAAGAGACAGGGGUGGCAGUAGCAACACACGGAUGGAAGGACAUGAGGAAAUGGAGAAGAAGGGAUAGAAAAAAACCUUUAUUUUUCCUUGAACUGUAGGUGUAGAUGUUUUGAAUAUAAAUAUGUAAUAGUUAAUAAAACAUACUAAGUCAUACGCUCUAA